CAAUCUUGGCUCAGGCGAGGACCCCCCGCGCCCACGCAGCAUCCAAGCAGAUUCCCCAACGUAGCAGCGACUACCCCGACCGCUCGCGCCAUGUGGUCUCCGACCGCCUGGAGCCGCUCUGACGAGGCCACCCUGCCGAUGAGGGUCGAGCUCGUGCGCCCUCCUCCCGCCCCCGCCAGCGCGGGCGCGCUCGGCGGCAGCCUGCCCGUGAAGGUGGAGCUCUCGUUCCGGCCCAGCGCCUCGGGCUGUGACGUGGGCGACGGCGGCUCCGUGGACGGAGCCCUGCCCCGCAAGGUCCAGCCUUCUGUCGCCAGCUGUGCCGCGAGCGGCAGCGCCUCGGACACCCCGGACGUCGACACCGACGAGGACGCCGUCUGGGGGUCUUGGUCGUCCGCCGACGACUCCUCCCCGGAGUUCCCUCCAGGGCUCUUGCCGCUCUGCCGCUCCUUGGAGGCAACGCCCGCAGCGCGCACGCGCCUCCGCAGUCAGGCCGCCAUGUACCUCCCUGGCGCGAGCCCCAUCCUGGGGGAGCUUCUGUUCUGGGGGUGCCAAAUCGGCUGGGCGUACGAGCGACCCUUCGCUGGAGUGGCUUCUGUUGCGGGCCUACUAGGUCUCCCCCCGAUCACUGAAUGCGAUGCGACAGCAGCGGCUUGUGCGCCUGGGUUUGGCCCCCCAGCGUCCUCCCGAACGCCGCGCACCAAGGUCACAUUUGCCUGCGCAUAG